AAUUGACCUCAUCAUCACACCCGGGUUCUUGUCCCGGCGCUCUGCUGCCAGCUGCCGCCGUGCUAGUUUCCAGUGCACGCGCGCACACGCACAAUUCAUCAGGGUUGAAAAGCGGCGCCACGAUCUGUGAAACAGGGGGAUAAAUCGGUCGGAUUCGGAGGAGCCGAGUAAACAUACGGAGCUCUUCCCUUCCGACUCCUAGCGUUUUCGUUAGGGGGGAAGGGGAGGGGGAGGAGAGCAUUGCUGCGCGGGGAUGGCGCCGAGGAGGAGCGGAGGCGGUGCCGGGACUGUGGGCGUGCCAUGCCUGCUGCUGGUCCUCGGAUGCUGCUGCUGCAGCAGCAUUUGGCCCGGCGGACGGAUCUUCGCUGCUGCGGACACGGACCCCAACGAUCUUGCUGUCCUCAAUACGCUCUUUAAAAGUCUGAAUUCUCCUGGGCAGCUCAAUGGUUGGCAGGCAAAUGGUGGUGAUCCUUGUGGCCAGUCAUGGAAGGGGGUAACUUGCUCAGGAUCAGGGGUCACUAAAAUCAUAUUGCCGAACUUGGGACUCACCGGAAAUUUGGCCUACAACAUGAAUAGCUUGGGUUCAUUGACUGAGCUUGACAUGAGCCAAAACAGCCUUGGCGGUGGAAACCAAAUACAGUACAAUCUUCCCAAUAUGAAGCUUGAAAAACUCAAUCUUGCAGGAAAUCAGUUUGGCGGAAAUUUACCCUACUCGAUUUCAACGAUGAAUAAUCUUAAGUAUUUAAACCUUAACCAUAACCAAUUACAAGGAAAUAUUUCCGAUGUAUUUUCCAGCCUUUAUAGUUUGACAGAACUGGAUCUCUCCUUUAAUUCUCUUACUGGUGAUCUACCACAAAGUUUCACUGGAUUGUCAAGCCUGAAAAAAUUAUAUUUGCAGAACAAUCAAUUUACUGGUUAUAUCAAUGUCCUAGCUAAUCUCCCCCUUGAUACUCUGAAUGUUGCAAGCAACCGUUUCACAGGUUGGAUUCCUAGCCAGCUUAAGAAGAUAAACAGUAUACAGACUGACGGAAAUUCUUGGAGCACAGGACCAGCGCCACCUCCACCUCCAUAUACAGCGCCGCCUCCCCCAAACCGUCAGAACAGUCCAGGGCAGAAUGGUGAUGGUUCUGGUGGAAAAUCUGGAAUAGGUGGUGGAGGUGUAGCAGGAAUUAUCGUAUCAUUGCUGGUUGUUGGAGCAAUUGUUGCAUUCUUUCUAAUAAAAAGAAGAAAACGCAAAGCUGCUAUGGAAGAACACUUUGAACAGCACCAGCCAUUCACUUCCUUCCCCUCGAACGAAGUUAAAGACAUGAAGCCUAUUGAUGAGUCUUCCGCAGUAGACAUAGAGUCUUUGGCUUCACCUGCUUCGAUUAGUUUGAAACCACCCCUGAAGAUAGAACGCCACAAAUCGUUUGGUGAUGAUGAUGAUUUUCCAAACAAACCUGUUGCAAAGAAAAGCAAUAUAGCACCUAUAAAGGCAACUGUUUAUUCAGUUGCGGAUCUACAGAUGGCAACAGAUAGCUUCAACUUGGACAACCUUGUUGGAGAGGGUACUUUUGGACGUGUUUACAGGGCACAGUUCAAUGAUGGAAAGGUUCUGGCCAUCAAGAAAUUAGACAGCACCGUGAUGCCAUUCCAAUCAUCUGAUGACUUUGCUGAACUGGUCUCAAAUAUUUCAAAGUUACACCAUCCGAAUCUGAAUGAGCUUGUGGGCUAUUGUAUGGAACAUGGGCAGCACUUGCUAGUGUAUGAUUUCCACAGGAAUGGAUCCCUUCAUGAUCUACUCCACCUUUCUGACGAGUACAGCAAGCCACUUAGUUGGAACUCUCGUGUCAAGAUCGCGCUUGGCUCUGCUCGUGCACUAGAGUAUCUUCAUGAAAUAUGCUCUCCAUCCAUCAUCCAUAAGAAUUUCAAGUCAUCAAACAUUUUGCUGGACUCGGAAUUCAAUCCACACCUUUCAGAUGCUGGACUUGCAAGCUUUAUUCCUGAUGCUGAAUUCCAGGCAGCAGAACAAAGUGCCGGAUACACUGCCCCAGAGGUGGACAUGACCGGUCAGUACACCCUCAAGAGCGAUGUCUACAGCUUUGGAGUUGUCAUGCUUGAGCUAAUGACUGGACGUAGACCGUUUGAUAGCUCUAGACCCAGAUCAGAGCAGUCACUUGUGCGGUGGGCGACUCCUCAGCUGCAUGACAUCGAUGCAUUGGACAGGAUGGUCGAUCCUGCACUCAAGGGUCUAUACCCAGCCAAAUCUCUAUCCCGAUUUGCUGAUGUGCUCGCGCUGUGUGUCCAGCCCGAACCAGAAUUCAGGCCACCAAUGUCAGAGGUGGUGCAAGCAUUGGUUCGACUUGUGCAGAGGGCCAACAUGACGAAGAGAAUGCUCGAUGGAGAUACUUCUCGGCGAGCAGAUGACCAGGACCCAGAUUUCAUAUGACGGAAGCAAAACCCGAGCCUUUCAGGUUGUAUCUAUUUCAGCAUAUGACGAAACAGAGAAGUUUGUUGGUUCCGCGGGUACAUAAUCACAGGUUUUUCAUGGUGACAAGAGAGUGUAUUCUAUGGUCCAUGGUUGUAUUGUGUCUACAAAACAGUACCUUGAUCGUAGAUU